AAUUGCCCAAUUUUAUAGGCUUCUUAUUGGAAAAUUACUAGUAGUGUUAUUAAUUUUGUUAAUUUAAACCUCUUUAACCGUGUUGUAGAAUUAAUCAACAUGUUUGCUAAACCGUAUAAAUUAAAAUCCACAAAUACACUCAAAAAUUCAGAGAAAAAACACUUAAUACAGAGGCUUGGAAAGGGUUUUCCGUCAGUCAAUGAGGAAAAACUUAAAGAAAUUGUGCCAAAUAAGUCGACAUGUAAUUUCAUGAAGUUAGUAUUGCAUUCCGGCGAAACGACCGGUGUUUAUGCUGUGGAUGGUGUGCCGAUGAUCAUAGAUACUGGAGAAACUUUAGUUCCUACUGUUUGCGCACUUUGGAAAGUCCCUGAUUUAAUACCAACAAUAGUUAUACACUCUCCUGUUCUAAGCAAGGUGCAAGGUGGAGUACCACUUUAUGCCCCUGGAGUUGUCACAGACCCCACAAACUUUCCAAGAUUCAAUAAAGGAUCAUUACUUGCGGUAUGUACAGACAACAAUGCAGCAGCAGCAAUUGUAGGACGAGCCAUGAUGUCUUCAGGAAACCUUCUAAUAGCAUCUAUGGGAACGUGUUUAGAAGUCUUACAUGUAAUAGGCGACAAUUUAUGUAAAGAACUUAAGUUUAACAAGAUAGAAAGGCCAAAACUACAGCACGGUUUAAAUGUAAACUCCGUCAUACAAGAUAUGGAUCAGCUUAACCUACAAGUAAAAGAGGAGUGGCCCAGCUUGGUACCUGAAACUCCGGUUGUCAACGAACCUCGAUUAAUCCCAGAUAAUGUAACGGAUAAUAAAAUAAUAGAAGAAAUACAAAAUUUUGAAGACACAAUUGCUGAAUGCUCUGAUACAGAAGAGAGUAUACCGAGUGACAUGGAUGGUCUACUGAGGUGGUGUCUUCUCUCAUUUCUCAAAAUACACGGAAAAGAUGUUGAGUUGCCACUGAAAACCAACCUUUUAUACAAGAAUUAUCUGAUGUCGCUGUGCCCUCCGGACCGUAGCAUAGAUGUAAAGAAAUCCUCUUUUAAGAAAAUGGGCAAGUUCCUGGAGGCAAUGCAAAGGGAAGGUCUAGUAGAAGUGAAGGAGAUAGAAAAAGGUGUUGACGCACUGGUGUCAGUGCAAAUAUCGCACCCGGCAGUGCGUUCACAUACCGCGGUGAAGCCUACGGUGUCUGCGCCCGUACUCGAAUAUCAACCACCUGUAGUGCGUGAAUUGUAUUGUAUUACUGCACACGUGUUGGAACUGUUUUUGCCACUGAAAAAGGGCACACCCCUACCAGCGAACGAAGUGCGUAGAACUGUACGCGAAUACGUGAAAAGCAAACAGCUGGACGCAGGUCGCGGCUCUGUCAAAAUUGAUGCGACUCUCGCCAAAGCUACCGGGAUUAAGGAACAGACUCUUACAAAGUGGGACGAGCUCAUGGCCGGUCUUCUGUCUCAUAUGACGGCGAGCACAGAACUAGUUUUUGCUGACGGUACAUCGAGACUCAUUAAGACUAGGAUUGAUCCUAUACAAAUGCAGGUUUUCACCAGGAGUGGGAAUAAAAAGGUGACACUAGUGUCAAAUCUGGAAGCGUUCGGUUUCGUUUUACCGACUCUUGCGCAAGAGUGCCAACGCGCAGUGGCGGCCUCUUGCGGUGUUACUCGGUCAGCUGGAGCCAGCCAUGACCAGCUAAUGUUGCAGGGAGAUCAGACACACUUCAUGGCAAAGCUUCUUAUCGAAAAGUAUGGUCUUCCCAAAAAAUAUCUGGAUGGCGCAGACAAAGCUCUUAAUAAGAAGAAAUAAUUAUAUAAGAUGAAAAUAAAAUGUUAAUUUUCAUAAAAUUUAUUUAUUUCCA